AGAUGAAAAUGAAACAAAACCUUUUGUUUACCCUUAGACUAUCAGUAAAUUGUGUUGUUAGAUUCCUACUCUAGUUGAAUACUAAUCAUCUUAUGUAGAUCCAUGAAUAAGUUCAAGAUAAUUUAGUUUCAUCUUGUUACAGUAAAAUUUGUUGCUAUUGUUGGUCGGGAAGACAAAUUAUAGGAACAUUAAUAAGAUAUAAUUUGCGGUGGAAAACAAUUUGUUAUUUAAGUGUUGCCAAUGUGGUUAAUGGUUAACUGUGUUAAUAUGAUUUGAGAAACGUUAAGGCCAUUAAUGGAAACGGUUAAAAUGUUCAUAUUGAAGACGAGGAUUCCUUUGACUAUCUAACUGGACCAACCCUCCUUCAAGAUAUAAAGUCAAAUCCAACCUUCUUGGCUUGGCCUCUUUAACUUGCCUGGCUCCGUGUAUAAGGUUGAGUCUGUAGGUUACACCGAUCAGAGAUCCAAUGGGGUUCAAGCUGUAACAGUGAGUUGGAAGGUAAACAAAAGUGCAACUUCAAGAGUUGAUCAUAAAUUGUUUAUUCACUGUUUGUUUCACCAAUCAAAUAAGUUAAAUGUCGUUUACCUCGACCAGAGCAACUAUUAACCAUCACCGUACUCUGGAUAGUUUAUGUACAAUCAACGGCAAUCAAAUCAUUUAGUGUUUCAUCUUUAAGCCUAUGGUAAAGCUACGUUCAUCACAUGUUAUCAUCGGUAUAAUACUGCAAAUAUUGUCUUUAAAUCAGCCACUUUUUUUAUCCAAUCUUUGUGUUUAAUUAACCGGACUGGCCAAUGAUUAAUUACAUGGUGACCUCGACUGAAUUAUCUUGUAAAUUGAACUUUUGUAUCGAUGCCAUUCUGGGGAAAACAAUAACUUCAUUAAGAGGACAGCAAACAGCAGCAACAUCAAGUCCUUUGGAUGGAGCUUCCAGAGUUAAUUGUAGUGUUGACCGGGAAAAUACAAUUCCAAAUGGAUUUGAUCGUUCACCUAUUAAAAUAUCAAAUUAUUCAAUUGAAAAUAUAUUAGAUUUACAAUCAUCUUCAUCGGAUGAACCCUUGAAUUUAACGCGCAAAUCAUUGACCAAUGAAACUAGAGGAGUCUCUUGUUUACCUUUGCCCUGUGAUAAGGAUCAACAUGAACCAGUCGACUUGAUAGCCACCAGUAAACCAACAUUAAUUAAAAGCUGUGGUGAACGAAUCUUCAAGUGUCAUCAAUGUAGUAAACAGUUUAAACGAUCGUCCACCUUAGCAACUCAUCUGUUAAUCCAUUCCAAUAUACGUCCAUUUGCCUGUCCUUAUUGUCCCAAACGGUUUCACCAAAAGUCAGACAUGAAAAAGCAUACUUAUAUACACACCGGGGAAAAGCCUCAUCAAUGUAAUGUUUGCGGUCGAUCGUUCAGUCAAUCAUCUAACUUAAUAACCCAUUCACGGAAACACACUGGAUAUAAGCCAUUUACAUGUGAUUUUUGUCCUAAAGCCUUUCAACGUAAGGUUGACUUGAAACGCCAUAGAGAUGUCCACCAUUCAAAUGUCAACAACUCUAUUCAUCAUUUAAUAUCAUCCAGUUCAUCUCGAUCAUCUUUACAAUUAUCAUCACAAUCUUCGUCUUCGCUGUCACCGACAUCAUCAUCAUUGCCUUCACCUUAACCAUUAAGCAUACGUAAAUUAAUGCCUUUGACCAAAAAAUAUGAACCUCAAAUAUUUGGAUUUACAAUUACAAUUUAGUAUUCUAAAUUUUUUACCAAUAUUAUUAUACAAUGAAUUUUAAUUCCUUUUCUUUAUUGUCUCUUUUUUAACACUCUUUUAAACCAUGUUCACAGUUUUAAUCAAUAACACCUUUAGUAUUAUUUAAUAAAUGCCUACAAAUAUUAUUAACAGUUAACGAACUUUAAAUUGUUGACUUUAAUACACUCACAAAAAUCAAUAAUCUAACAAUUAAUUGAAUGGUUGGUUUGUUCAGAGCAUUGUUUGCAUAUUUUAGAGCUUGAGCUGUAAUUGAACAAUCGUAAAUAUAAAUUAAAGGUUGAAUGAUUCACUGCGAUGAAAA